CCGCCCGCAGCCACCCGCGCCCGCGGACCACCCGAGCCGCGGCCACCGUCGCCGCCGCCUCCGCGGCGCAUCGCGGACGCCCUGCAGGGAUGAGGGGAGAAUCCUACUUCAUUGGAAUGAGGGGCCUAGGGCAGCAAGCAUCCAUCCCUGAAGACGGAGGACUUUUCUUCCUCUGCUGUAUAGACAGAGACUGGGCUGUCACUCAGUGCUUCGCUGAAGAAGCCUUCCAAGCAAUCACUGACUUCAACGAUCUCCCCAACUCACUGUUUGCAUGCAAUGUUCACCAGUCUGUGUUUGAAGGAGAAGAGAGUAAGGAAAAAUUUGAGGGACUAUUCCGGACUUAUGACGAGUGUGUGACGUUCCAGCUAUUUAAGAGCUUCCGACGUGUCCGAAUAAACUUCAGCAAUUCGAAAUCAGCAGCCCGAGCCAGGAUAGAGCUUCAUGAAACCCAGUUCAGAGGGAAAAAAUUAAAACUCUACUUUGCACAGGUUCAGACUCCAGAGACGGACGGAGACAAACUGCAUUUGGCUCCCCCACAGCCUGCCAAACAGUUUCUCAUCUCGCCCCCUUCAUCUCCCCCUGUUGGCUGGAAGCCCAUCAGUGAUGCCACCCCUGUCCUCAACUAUGACCUCCUCUAUGCUGUGGCCAAACUAGGACCAGGAGAGAAAUAUGAGCUGCAUGCAGGGACCGAGUCCACCCCGAGUGUCGUCGUACAUGUGUGUGACAGUGACAUAGAGGAAGAAGAGGAUCCAAAGACUUCCCCAAAGCCAAAAAUCAUCCAGACUCGGCGUCCUGGCCUGCCCCCUUCCGUGUCCAACUGAACAUACUGCUCCACCUCGACAAUAAUAUCCGUCUCUUUAUCAUGCUUUUACCCUGUCGUUUGUCAAAAAAAAUAAUUGCCUUUAAA